AUGCCUCACAUCCCGUUGACACUUCGAGAGGCACGCGGAAUUCACUGCUUCAAAAGGCUCAAGACGUAUGCCAACUUUCCAGAAGCACCUCAAGGGGAGGCUUCUCUCAGCAAUAGGCUCAAGACGUAUGCCAACUUUCCAGAAGCACCUCAAGGGGAGGCUUCUCUCAGCAAUAGGCUCAAGACGUAUGCCAACUUUCCAGAAGCACCUCAAGGGGAGCCUUCUCUCAGCAAUAGGCUCAAGACGUAUGCCAACUUUCCAGAAGCACCUCAAGGGGAGGCUUCUCUCAGCAAUAGGCUCAAGACGUAUGCCAACUUUCCAGAAGCACCUCAAGGGGAGGCUUCUCUCAGCAAUAGGCUCAAGACGUAUGCCAACUUUCCAGAAGCACCUCAAGGGGAGCCUUCUCUCAGCAAUAGGCUCAAGACGUAUGCCAACUUUCCAGAAGCACCUCAAGGGGAGGCUUCUCUCAGCAAUAGGCUCAAGACGUAUGCCAACUUUCCAGAAGCACCUCAAGGGGAGGCUUCUCUCAGCAAUAGGCUCAAGACGUAUGCCAACUUUCCAGAAGCACCUCAAGGGGAGCCUUCUCUCAGCAAUAGGCUCAAGACGUAUGCCAACUUUCCAGAAGCACCUCAAGGGGAGGCUUCUCUCAGCAAUAGGCUCAAGACGUAUGCCAACUUUCCAGAAGCACCUCAAGGGGAGGCUUCUCUCAGCAAUAGGCUCAAGACGUAUGCCAACUUUCCAGAAGCACCUCAAGGGGAGCCUUCUCUCAGCAAUAGGCUCAAGACGUAUGCCAACUUUCCAGAAGCACCUCAAGGGGAGGCUUCUCUCAGCAAUAGGCUCAAGACGUAUGCCAACUUUCCAGAAGCACCUCAAGGGGAGGCUUCUCUCAGCAAUAGGCUCAAGACGUAUGCCAACUUUCCAGAAGCACCUCAAGGGGAGGCUUCUCUCAGCAAUAGGCUCAAGACGUAUGCCAACUUUCCAGAAGCACCUCAAGGGGAGGCUUCUCUCAGCAAUAGGCUCAAGACGUAUGCCAACUUUCCAGAAGCACCUCAAGGGGAGGCUUCUCUCAGCAAUAGGCUCAAGACGUAUGCCAACUUUCCAGAAGCACCUCAAGGGGAGGCUUCUCUCAGCAAUAGGCUCAAGACGUAUGCCAACUUUCCAGAAGCACCUCAAGGGGAGGCUUCUCUCAGCAAUAGGCUCAAGACGUAUGCCAACUUUCCAGAAGCACCUCAAGGGGAGGCUUCUCUCAGCAAUAGGCUCAAGACGUAUGCCAACUUUCCAGAAGCACCUCAAGGGGAGGCUUCUCUCAGCAAUAGGCUCAAGACGUAUGCCAACUUUCCAGAAGCACCUCAAGGGGAGGCUUCUCUCAGCAAUAGGUUCAAGACGUAUGCCAACUUUCCAGAAGCACCUCAAGCGGAGGAUUCUCUCAGCAAUAGGCUCAAGACGUAUGCCAACUUUCCAGAAGCACCUCAAGAGGAGGCUUCUCUCAGCAAUAGGUUCAAGACGUAUGCCAACUUUCCAGAAGCACCUCAAGGGGAGACUUCUCUCAGCAAUAGGUUCAAGACGUAUGCCAACUUUCCAGAAGCACCUCAAGCGGAGGAUUCUCUCAGCAAUAGGCUCAAGACGUAUGCCAACUUUCCAGAAGCACCUCAAGAGGAGGCUUCUCUCAGCAAUAGGCUCAAGACGUAUGCCAACUUUCCAGAUGCACCUCAAGAGGAGGCUUCUCUCAGCAAUAGGCUGAAGACGUAUGCCAACUUUCCAGAAGCACCUCAAGGGGAGACUUCUCUCAGCAAUAGGCUCAAGACGUAUGCCAACUUUCCAGAAGCACCUCAAGGGGAGGCUUCUCUCAGCAAUAGGCUCAAGACGUAUGCCAACUUUCCAGAAGCACCUCAAGGGGAGGCUUCUCUCAGCAAUAGGCUCAAGACGUAUGCCAACUUUCCAGAAGCACCUCAAGGGGAGGCUUCUCUCAUCAAUAGGCUCAAGACGUAUGCCAACUUUCCAGAAGCACCUCAAGGGGAGGCUUCUCUCAGCAAUAGGCUCAAGACGUAUGCCAACUUUCCAGAAGCACCUCAAGAGGAGGCUUCUCUCAGCAAUAGGCUCAAGACGUAUGCCAACUUUCCAGAAGCACCUCAAGAGGAGGCUUCUCUCAGCAAUAGGCUCAAGACGUAUGCCAACUUUCCAGAAGCACCUCAAGGGGAGGCUUCUCUCAGCAAUAGGCUCAAGACGUAUGCCAACUUUCCAGAAGCACCUCAAGGGGAGGCUUCUCUCAGCAAUAGGCUCAAGACGUAUGCCAACUUUCCAGAAGCACCUCAAGGGGAGGCUUCUCUCAGCAAUAGGCUCAAGACGUAUGCCAACUUUCCAGAAGCACCUCAAGGGGAGGCUUCUCUCAGCAAUAGGCUCAAGACGUAUGCCAACUUUCCAGAAGCACCUCAAGGGGAGGCUUCUCUCAGCAAUAGGCUCAAGACGUAUGCCAACUUUCCAGAAGCACCUCAAGGGGAGGCUUCUCUCAGCAAUAGGCUCAAGACGUAUGCCAACUUUCCAGAAGCACCUCAAGGGGAGGCUUCUCUCAGCAAUAGGCUCAAGACGUAUGCCAACUUUCCAGAAGCACCUCAAGGGGAGGCUUCUCUCAGCAAUAGGCUCAAGACGUAUGCCAACUUUCCAGAAGCACCUCAAGGGGAGGCUUCUCUCAGCAAUAGGCUCAAGACGUAUGCCAACUUUCCAGAAGCACCUCAAGGGGAGGCUUCUCUCAGCAAUAGGCUCAAGACGUAUGCCAACUUUCCAGAAGCACCUCAAGGGGAGGCUUCUCUCAGCAAUAGGCUCAAGACGUAUGCCAACUUUCCAGAAGCACCUCAAGGGGAGGCUUCUCUCAGCAAUAGGCUCAAGACGUAUGCCAACUUUCCAGAAGCACCUCAAGGGGAGGCUUCUCUCAGCAAUAGGCUCAAGACGUAUGCCAACUUUCCAGAAGCACCUCAAGGGGAGGCUUCUCUCAGCAAUAGGCUCAAGACGUAUGCCAACUUUCCAGAAGCACCUCAAGGGGAGGCUUCUCUCAGCAAUAGGCUCAAGACGUAUGCCAACUUUCCAGAAGCACCUCAAGGGGAGGCUUCUCUCAGCAAUAGGCUCAAGACGUAUGCCAACUUUCCAGAAGCACCUCAAGGGGAGGCUUCUCUCAGCAAUAGGCUCAAGACGUAUGCCAACUUUCCAGAAGCACCUCAAGGGGAGGCUUCUCUCAGCAAUAGGCUCAAGACGUAUGCCAACUUUCCAGAAGCACCUCAAGGGGAGGCUUCUCUCAGCAAUAGGCUCAAGACGUAUGCCAACUUUCCAGAAGCACCUCAAGGGGAGGCUUCUCUCAGCAAUAGACUCAAGACGUAUGCCAACUUUCCAGAAGCACCUCAAGUGGAGGCUUCUCUCAGCAAUAGGCUCAAGACGUAUGCCAACUUUCCAGAAGCAACUCAAGGGGAGGCUUCUCUCAGCAAUAGGCUCAAGACGUAUGCCAACUUUCCAGAAGCACCUCAAGGGGAGGCUUCUCUCAGCAAUAGGCUCAAGACGUAUGCCAACUUUCCAGAAGCACCUCAAGGGGAGGCUUCUCUCAGCAAUAGGCUCAAGACGUAUGCCAACUUUCCAGAAGCACCUCAAGGGGAGGCUUCUCUCAGCAAUAGGCUCAAGACGUAUGCCAACUUUCCAGAAGCACCUCAAGUGGAGGCUUCUCUCAGCAAUAGGUUCAAGACGUAUGCCAACUUUCCAGAAGCACCUCAAGCAGAGGAUUCUCUCAGCAAUAGGCUCAAGACGUAUGCCAACUUUCCAGAAGCACCUCAAGAGGAGGCUUCUCUCAGCAAUAGGCUCAAGACGUAUGCCAACUUUCCAGAAGCACCUCAAGGGGAGGCUUCUCUCAGCAAAAGGCUCAAGACGUAUGCCAACUUUCCAGAAGCACCUCAAGAGGAGGCUUCUCUCAGCAAUAGGCUCAAGACGUAUGCCAACUUUCCAGAAGCACCUCAAGCAGAGGAUUCUCUCAGCAAUAGGUUCAAGACGUAUGCCAACUUUCCAGAAGCACCUCAAGCAGAGGAUUCUCUCAGCAAUAGGCUCAAGACGUAUGCCAACUUUCCAGAAGCACCUCAAGAGGAGGCUUCUCUCAGCAAUAGGCUCAAGACGUAUGCCAACUUUCCAGAAGCACCUCAAGAGGAGGCUUCUCUCAGCAAUAGGCUCAAGACGUAUGCCAACUUUCCAGAAGCACCUCAAGGGGAGGCUUCUCUCAGCAAAAGGCUCAAGACGUAUGCCAACUUUCCAGAAGCACCUCAAGAGGAGGCUUCUCUCAGCAAUAGGCUCAAGACGUAUGCCAACUUUCCAGAAGCACCUCAAGUGGAGACUUCUCUCAGCAAUAGGUUCAAGACGUAUGCCAACUUUCCAGAAGCACCUCAAGCAGAGGAUUCUCUCAGCAAUAGGCUCAAGACGUAUGCCAACUUUCCAGAAGCACCUCAAGAGGAGGCUUCUCUCAGCAAUAGGCUCAAGACGUAUGCCAACUUUCCAGAAGCACCUCAAGAGGAGGCUUCUCUCAGCAAUAGGCUCAAGACGUAUGCCAACUUUCCAGAAGCACCUCAAGGGGAGGCUUCUCUCAGCAAAAGGCUCAAGACGUAUGCCAACUUUCCAGAAGCACCUCAAGAGGAGGCUUCUCUCAGCAAUAGGCUCAAGACGUAUGCCAACUUUCCAGAAGCACCUCAAGUGGAGACUUCUCUCAGCAAUAGGUUCAAGACGUAUGCCAACUUUCCAGAAGCACCUCAAGCAGAGGAUUCUCUCAGCAAUAGGCUCAAGACGUAUGCCAACUUUCCAGAAGCAACUCAAGAGGAGGCUUCUCUCAGCAAUAGGCUCAAGACGUAUGCCAACUUUCCAGAAGCACCUCAAGGGGAGGCUUCUCUCAGCAAAAGGCUCAAGACGUAUGCCAACUUUCCAGAAGCACCUCAAGAGGAGGCUUCUCUCAGCAAUAGGCUCAAGACGUAUGCCAACUUUCCAGAAGCACCUCAAGUGGAGACUUCUCUCAGCAAUAGGUUCAAGACGUAUGCCAACUUUCCAGAAGCACCUCAAGCAGAGGAUUCUCUCAGCAAUAGGCUCAAGACGUAUGCCAACUUUCCAGAAGCACCUCAAGAGGAGGCUUCUCUCAGCAAUAGGCUCAAGACGUAUGCCAACUUUCCAGAAGCACCUCAAGGGGAGGCUUCUCUCAGCAAUAGGCUCAAGACGUAUGCCAACUUUCCAGAAGCACCUCAAGAGGAGGCUUCUCUCAGCAAUAGGCUCAAGACGUAUGCCAACUUUCCAGAAGCACCUCAAGGGGAGGCUUCUCUCAGCAAUAGGCUCAAGACGUAUGCCAACUUUCCAGAAGCACCUCAAGUGGAGGCUUCUCUCAGCAAUAGGCUCAAGACGUAUGCCAACUUUCCAGAAGCACCUCAAGAGGAGGCUUCUCUCAGCAAUAGGCUCAAGACGUAUGCCAACUUUCCAGAAGCACCUCAAGAGGAGGCUUUUCUCAGCAAUAGGCUCAAGACGUAUGCCAACUUUCCAGAAGCACCUCAAGAGGAGGCUUCUCUCAGCAAUAGGCUCAAGACGUAUGCCAACUUUCCAGAAGCACCUCAAGGGCAGCCUUCUCUCAGCAAUAGGCUCAAGACGUAUGCCAACUUUCCAGAAGCACCUCAAGAGGAGGCUUCUCUCAGCAAUAGGCUCAAGACGUAUGCCAACUUUCCAGAAGCACCUCAAGAGGAGGCUUCUCUCAGCAAUAGGCUCAAGACGUAUGCCAACUUUCCAGAAGAACCUCAAGAGGAGGCUUCUCUCAGCAAUAGGUUCAAGACGUAUGCCAACUUUCCAGAAGCACCUCAAGAGGAGGCUUCUAUCAGCAAUAGGCUCAAGACGUAUGCCAACUUUCCAGAAGCACCUCAAGGGGAGCCUUCUCUCAGCAAUAGGCUCAAGACGUAUGCCAACUUUCCAGAAGCACCUCAAGAGGAGGCUUCUCUCAGCAAUAGGCUCAAGACGUAUGCCAACUUUCCAGAAGCACCUCAAGGGGAGCAUUCUCUCAGCAAUAGGCUCAAGACGUAUGCCAACUUUCCAGAAGCACCUCAAGAUGAGGCUUCUCUGAGCAAUAGGCUCAAGACGUAUGCCAACUUUCCAGAAGCACCUCAAGAGGAGGCUUCUCUCAGCAAUAGGCUCAAGACGUAUGCCAACUUUCCAGAAGCACCUCAAGAGGAGGCUUCUCUCAGCAAUAGGCUCAAGACGGAUGCCAACUUUCCAAAAGCACCUCAAGGGGAGCCUUCUCUCAGCAAUAGGCUCAAGACGUAUGCCAACUUUCCAGAAGCACCUCAAGGGGAGCCUUCUCUCAGCAAUAGGCUCAAGACGUAUGCCAACUUUCCAGAAGCACCUCAAGAGGAGGCUUCUCUCAGCAAUAGGCUCAAGACGUAUGCCAACUUUCCAGAAGCACCUCAAGGGGAGCCUUCUCUCAGCAAUAGGCUCAAGACGUAUGCCAACUUUCCAGAAGCACCUCAAGAUGAGGCUUCUCUCAGCAAUAGGCUCAAGACGUAUGCCAACUUUCCAGAAGCACCUCAAGAGGAGGCUUCUCUCAGCAAUAGGCUCAAGACGGAUGCCAACUUUCCAAAAGCACCUCAAGGGGAGCCUUCUCUCAGCAAUAGGCUCAAGACGUAUGCCAACUUUCCAGAAGCACCUCAAGGGGAGCCUUCUCUCAGCAAUAGGCUCAAGACGUAUGCCAACUUUCCAGAAGCACCUCAAGAGGAGGCUUCUCUCAGCAAUAGGCUCAAGACGGAUGCCAACUUUCCAAAAGCACCUCAAGGGGAGCCUUCUCUCAGCAAUAGGCUCAAGACGGAUGCCAACUUUCCAAAAGCACCUCAAGGGGAGCCUUCUCUCAGCAAUAGGCUCAAGACGGAUGCCAACUUUCCAAAAGCACCUCAAGGGGAGCCUUCUCUCAGCAAUAGGCUCAAGACGUAUGCCAACUUUCCAGAAGCACCUCAAGAGGAGGCUUCUCUCAGCAAUAGGCUCAAGACGUAUGCCAACUUUCCUGAAGCACCUCAAGAGGAGGCUUCUCUCAGCAAUAGGCUCAAGACGGAUGCCUACUUUCCAAAAGCACCUCAAGGGGAGCCUUCUCUCAGCAAUAGGCUCAAGACGUAUGCCAACUUUCCUGAAGCACCUCAAGGGGAGCCUUCUCUCAGCAAUAGGCUCAAGACGGAUGCCAACUUUCCAAAAGCACCUCAAGGGGAGCCUUCUCUCAGCAAUAGGCUCAAGACGUAUGCCAACUUUCCAGAAGCACCUCAAGAGGAGGCUUCUCUCAGCAAUAGGCAACUCCAGAGAUGCCCCGAGAACACUGUCCCAAGUCUUGAGGAAUACGAACUACAGCCCAGCAACUCGAGGAAUGCCCCGUGUACCACAAAUCGUCUUGAGAUGAGAGCUGAUUCCGUGGCUUAG